CGUAAUUCCGUUUCCGUCUCGCCAUUUUGCUGUCCUUGUCGGAUUGAGGAGUGAGUCGCUGUGGGGCUGCUUCAGGGGGACUGCAAAAAUGUCUGGUCGGCGAGUUGCCAUGAAAGCUGUUGAUUGGUUGGCAUUUGGUGAACGUGUUCCACCUAACCAGAGAGCUAUGUUUAAUGCACUGAAAACUCGAAGCGAUGCUCUGUCUAGCAGGUUGACGUCGCUUUCUGAGAAACCUCCAUCGAUUGACUGGGUCUAUUACCGGAAAGUGGUUAUGAAGGCUGGUAUGGUGGACGAGUUUGAAAAGAAGUAUAAUGCUGUGACGAUUCCAGAACCCAUUGACACCCAAGUGGAGAAGAUCAAUGCCCAGGAGCAAGAAGCUGACAAGAGUGCUAAGUCCUACAUUCAGGCUUCUAAGGAUCGGAUUUCCAAAUACGAGAAAGAGUUGACGAAAUUCAAAAGCAUGAUUCCAUUUGACCAGAUGACCAUUGAGGAUCUGAAUGAUGCUUUCCCUGAAACUAAACUGGACAAGGAAAAGUAUCCCUUCUGGCCGCACAAGCCCAUCAGUGAACUGUAAAUGUCCCCUGCUCCCCACUGUUUGUGCUGUCUGCAGCUGUAACUAUAUCUUGUAAAAUAAAACUCAAGCUCAGUGUUGA